CAUUUUUUGUUGUUGUUGAGAAUUUAUUAAGAGAAUGGUAUCACUUGAGCCAGGAACAAAUCCCAAAUUUCCCGCACCUUCUUGAACCAAACCAGAAGCAACGAUGCAAAAGAAGCAAACUUUCGACCUCUUACUCAAAACCCAAUGUGGUCAUCUUUGCGCAGAACCUCAAAUAUGAAAUGUCUCUUCUCCUCAGCCCAAUCACUAUCACUAUCACCCAAACCCAUCUCUAACACUCACCACACUCCUUCUCCUCCUCUCUCCUCGGCUUUUCUCCAACCCACAACUCGGUGCCCUGCAAUUCGUUCGCUUUGGUUCAAGCCCAGAACUGCAGAGGGAGUACGAGCACUGCACACCAUGCAAAACCCAGAAGCUAUUUCGUACCUGACGCAGAGCCAAGCUGCUGAGAUCGAUGAGAUUCUCAUGGGUCCUCUGGGAUUCAGUGUGGACCAGUUAAUGGAAUUGGCUGGUUUGAGCGUGGCCACUUCAAUAGCAGAGGUUUAUAAACCGAGCGAGUAUAAUCGUGUCCUCGCGAUUUGUGGCCCUGGAAACAAUGGUGGUGAUGGUCUUGUGGCUGCUCGUCACCUGCAUCACUUUGGGUAUAAGCCGUUUGUUUGUUAUCCAAAGCGUACUGCUAAGCCUCUUUAUACUGGUCUGGUCACUCAACUGGAAUCACUGUCAGUCCCUUUCAUAUCUGUGGAAGAUCUGCCUUUGGACUUGUCAAAGGACUUUGACAUUGUUGUAGAUGCAAUGUUUGGGUUUUCAUUCCGUGGUGAUCCAAGGCCCCCUUUUGAUAAUCUAAUCCAAAAGCUGAAUUAUAUCAAUAAUUAUGAUCAAACACACCAAAAGUCCUCUGCUGUUGUCUCCAUAGAUAUCCCAUCUGGGUGGCAGGUUGAAGGAGAUGGUGGUCCAGAAGGCAUUAAGCCUGAUAUGUUGGUUUCUCUGACUGCUCCAAAGUUGUGUGCGAAGAACUUUUGUGGUCCACACCAUUUUCUGGGUGGUAGAUUUGUCCCACCAUCUAUUGCUGAUAAAUAUAAGCUUCGUCUUCCCCCAUACCCAGGCACUUCUAUGUGUGUACGAAUCGGAAAGCCUCCUCAAGUUGAAAUAUCUGCUCUAAGAGAGAACUAUAUUUCUCCUGAGUUUCUUGAGGAACAGGUUGAGGCUGACCCCUUUGAUCAGUUCCGGAAAUGGUUUGACGAUGUAGUGGCUGCUGGCUUAAGGGAACCAAAUGCAAUGGCCUUAUCAACUGCUUGCAAGAAUGGAAAACCCUCAUCGCGAAUGGUAUUGCUGAAAGGAUUUGAUAAGAACGGUUUUGUCUGGUAUACCAAUUAUGAAAGUCGAAAGGCACAAGAGUUGUUUGAAAAUCCUCAUGCAUCUCUUCUUUUCUACUGGGAUGGUCUGAAUCGGCAGGUGAGAGUGGAAGGAUCUGUGCAGAAGGUUUCUGAUGAGGAAUCUGACCAGUACUUUCAUAGCCGUCCUCGAGGAAGUCAGAUUGGAGCAAUAGUUAGCAAGCAGAGCACAAUAGUUCCUGGAAGGCAUGUUCUCUAUGACCAAUAUAAAGAACUAGAAGAAAAAUUUGCAGAUGGAAGUUUAAUUCCUAAACCAAAGAACUGGGGAGGAUACAGACUUAAGCCAGAGAUGUUUGAGUUUUGGCAAGGUCAAAAAUCUCGCUUGCAUGACAGGCUGCGAUAUUCUCCUCAGGAGAUCAAUGGACAACAAGUAUGGAAAAUUGAGCGGUUGGCUCCUUGAUAAUAAUUUCAGCACCUUCAUUUUGAAGUUCAUCCUUCAGGUUUCUUUAGUCCAUGCUUCUUCCCUAUAUGAAUAUAUAUUGCUUAGAUUUGUGGAUAGUAUCAUAAUAGUUUGAUUAUGGUUCAUGACCAAACCUGGGCUCCACCAUGAAAACCAAAAACUGGAAUUUCUUCUCAAAGAUCUUUUGACCAGCUGAAACUGAAAGCUGACACAACUUUAUUAUUGAAAGGCCACUUCGAUGCAGAGUGACCACACCACUCACUUUCUUUUUAGAGUUAUGAUUUUGUGGAUUUUCUCUUUUCUUUUUCCCUUUGUUGUUCUCUAUAUGUUGUAUAAAUGGAAGAGUCAGUAAUUCAAAGGGCUUGUGACUGUGCCAUGUUGAACAUCACCAAUAUCAGAAUUCAGAUAGAUCCCAAAGAACUAGAGGUAGGGAAAAUAUUAAAAUUUCUAGAAUAAGAAAGGAUUAGAAGAUUCCAUCCCUUUCUGUUUCAUAUCAUGCAUCUGAAAAGGCUUGGGCCUCUUUUACUCAUUAUUCCACAAGUGGGUAAUGCUGUUUGAUCA